GCAUCGUAUUUCAUUGAGAAAAAGCCUUUCUCUUCAAGUUGAGAUCCUAAAUCAAAUCCCCCGGAAAAUCCCCUAGGGAACAAAAUAUGAGUAGAGGAAGUGGAGGUGGCUACGAUCGCCACAUAACUAUCUUCUCGCCGGAGGGUCGCCUCUUCCAAGUGGAGUAUGCAUUUAAGGCUGUGAAAGCCGCUGGGAUCACGUCGAUUGGUGUCCGUGGCAAGGACUCUGUGUGUGUUGUCACUCAGAAGAAAGUUCCGGACAAGCUUCUGGAUCAGACUAGUGUUACCCAUCUUUUCCCUAUUACCAAGUUCCUUGGGUUGUUGGCCACCGGCAUGACUGCUGAUGCAAGGACCUUGGUCCAGCAAGCUAGAAAUGAAGCAGCUGAGUUUCGGUUCAGAUAUGGAUAUGAAAUGCCUGUGGAUGUAUUGGCCAAAUGGAUUGCAGACAAAUCACAGGUUUAUACUCAGCAUGCUUAUAUGAGACCUCUUGGAGUUGUUGCCAUGGUCUUGGGUAUAGAUGAGGAGAAUGGACCCCAACUGUACAAGUGUGAUCCAGCUGGCCAUUUCUAUGGCCAUAAGGCUACAAGUGCUGGAUCAAAAGAGCAAGAGGCAAUCAAUUUCUUGGAAAAGAAAAUGAAGAAUGACCCUUCAUUCUCUUAUGAGGAAACAGUGCAGACUGCUAUUUCUGCAUUGCAAUCCGUUCUUCAAGAGGAUUUCAAGGCUACUGAGAUAGAGGUUGGGGUGGUCAGAGCAGAUAAUCCAAUUUUCCGGGUGUUGUCAACUGAGGAAAUUGAUGAGCAUUUGACAGCCAUUAGUGAGCGUGACUGAUCUAAAAUCUACAUCUAUAUCAUGAGUAACUAAGGCUGCUUUUUAAGCAUUUCUGCUGCCAUCCAAGACAACAAACAUGCCUUAAUGGAUCAUGGGUUCAGAGGUUAAGAGGGAGAGGGUUAACAGUUUGAAAUUAUGUUCUCUCAUUACUGUUGAAGUUUCAAAUUCAAAACAUUUUCAGAAUCGGGUUUCUUAUUUCAAUUGAAAUGAUACUGAACGUUUAUUCUGAGACUUAUUGUCAGUAGGUACUAUUUAGCCUGAAAUCAUCCAAAACAGGUGCAUCUACAUGUUCAAGUUUGAGUUUAUG